AACCAAAGAGGAGCUCGACACCGAACGAACGUUGAAGCGACUUUCGGAGCUCGGCGUCGCGGAGAAUUGCAUCAUUUUAGCGCCAUUCAUGCAUUUUACAUGGCAAGGCUUUCUCCCUUUCGUCCCCAAACCUCGAACGCGUCUUGAAUACGGAUUAGGGGAUGGCUUAGUGGUGUGAUGCCUGUUAUAUACGCCUGAUCAGGGGCACGAGCUUGUCCUGGGGAGCAGCGACAUCAGUAUCGUCAACGAUACCGUGUCAACCAUAUCGUUGCGAUUUCGGACCAUCGCAUCAAACUGCACGACGACUUUCCCCCGUACACGACUACCCCGAAGUACCGACCACGGCAUAUUCAGGCAAUGCGUCUCAUGACUGAUACGACCAACACUCCACGUCUUCCGAAUCAUCGAAAACCGUCAAGUCCACCUGAGAAGCUGGAUAAGUGUCUACUGGCGGUCCUCGCGCCUGCAGGCUGAAUUCCCCUAUUCGGUUUAACGACAUGCAUGAAUUCGCCCUUUAUGGUCAAGUUGCCAGAGAUGACCACCACCAGAUGCUGCAGCAGCUAGCUGGAUAUACUCGCAUGCAACCGCAAGAUACGGUUGAGAUCCACCUGGUUUUCAAAGCUCGGCCACCUGCCGGCUUGGAUCAGAUCCCCUCUGCGGGAGGAUCUCAGGGGAUUUUGGGGCCAGACCUUCUGAAGAUCAAGAACAUGCUCAAUGCUGGCAUCUACUAUGUCCAGGUCAUCGGUGAGGUGAUGCAGAAUCAACCAGAGUCGGUACAAAAUGGCGAUACCGUCAUGACCAAUGGUAACGGUGUUUCCAAUCCCGACAAAUCAACAGUGAAUUGGACGCUCGAUUUCAAAGAUACCCCAGAUGCCGGCAAACAAGCCGUAAGUACGCGACUGAUCUCCAGGACACCACUAGGAGAAGGAAACCUGGUCGGAUUUCUGGCAGCCUUCGACUACGAGUACGUUUCUCGAUAUCUAGUCGUCGGUUCACGCUUCUAUGACCACGACACCACGCUAUUUGUCCACAAGGUGCUUCGUCUUCCGCAAGUGUCUUCUGAAGAGGCUAUAAGCGACCGGUCUUUCCUUUCAAAUAUCUCCGAGCUCCAAGAUUUGGAUGGCUCUGGCGGAUAUAUAGUUCAAGCAUCGAUCGAUGUGGUGGAUGGGAACAAUCCUGAGCUGAAGGAAAGAGCAUCAAGACAAUUAUUAGCAAUCAAGGAGGCCCUCAAGCAGGCCGUGGAUUUGACACCUGGUGAUAGACUCGCACUGGACACGAGAUUGCCAGUGUCUGCUCGUAGAACCUGAAAGGAGAGAAGAUUGCUGAGUCAUCGUCAUUCACGUGACGCACAAAAUGACGUCAACCAGCAACGCGUUCGAGGCGCGUUUCGAUCAAAGAAAUUCAUCAAACAAACUUCAUGCAACCACUU